UAGACUUACUCUAAACUUAUAUGGAAGUUGAAAGGAAAACAGAUUCCUAUAGAGUAUGGGAUCCAACAGCAGGCUGAACGACUGCAAAAAGAGAACAUGAGCUCCUUUUGCACUGUGUAUAGGCAAUCUCUUCAUCACAUGGCGAAUGCUAAUGACGUUACUCUCAUUAUAAAAGAUGGAGAUCCAAAUAAAUCAUUGCUGAAACUAAUCAAGCUUGAUUCCUAGUUUCACAAUCUAGAAGGCAUCUCGCCUCUUAUUAUCUCUGCUAGGAAAAGAUGUGUGAGAUUAUUUGACUCUUACACAAAGCUGCUGGUUUUGAUGAGAAGACGCAAGCUGCAAAGUAUCUGAAUUACAAAGGAAAAAUUACUUCAGAGCACUUGUCCUCAUUCAGUUGAAUCAUGAUUUGAUAAGUUUUUAAAUUCUGCCAAAGAGUAGGCUUAUCUAGAAUGUGUGAAUAGGACUCUUGGCAUGCUUCUUUGAAUAAGCACCCAGUAAUAGUUUAAUAUUUUUGACAACUAGAAAACUAAACAGUUCAAAAUAAUCCUAAUAUCAGAAAACUUGAGCUUUUGUGCCAGAAGUUUGCUCAGACUAAUCCCUGAUGACAACACAUUUGGUUUGAACCAAGUGUUUCACAAUAUGAGUUAAUCCACAUUUGGAUCAACUGUGCCUCAUAAAAACUUUGGAAGGAUCCUCAUGGCUUGAGACAACACCUAUAUGCCUGGCUUUAAGAGUUGUGCAAUUUAUGUAGAACACUUUGAUUACCUAGAUAGCUGAGUUGUCUUAAAAGAUGCUCAGCCAUUAUUCAAGUCUCUUAAACUACAACAUUCUCAGUUGUUCAGCCUGAAAAGACAGUGAGUAUCUGGAUGGGUUGGUCCAGAAGAUAGUAAGAUCCAGCCUAAACACAUGCUUGAAGGCAGUGGACAUUCAGACUAGAGAAACUGUAAUAAAAGAUAAUCUGCUUGUUUAUAAGAAGGAAUACAAAAUAGCAUAAUGGGAAAGACUUACUCAAGCCUUAAAUGGAAGUUUAAAGGAGAAACAGCACACAACGAAUAUGCUUUGCAUCAAGAGACUGAGGAAAAUUAUAUGGAGGCACUAGACACAUUAUUCAAACAAUAUUAUUAUAUUACACUCGGGUCGAAACAACCUGACCGUAUUUCAAUGUUUCUCGACAGCCCUCAAGAUAAGCAAGCAUUGUCAAAGAUAGCGAAGUUGGCUCCAAAAGUAGAGAAGCUGGAGUAUAUUGCCUUCCACGGCAUUCAUAAAAAUGACAAGAAGCUUAACAAGCUAUUAGGUCAGUUAAGAGUGAAUAAGCUAAAAAGACUCUACUUCGAUGGCCAUUAUUCACGUUCAGUAUUAUUCAGCUUUUAUGCCAGAAAUAUUACUAGGCUUUUGCCUUUAGCUCCUGAGCUGAUCCAAAUCAAAUAUUUCAGGGUAUCACACAGAGACUUUGGCAGAAUCCUAAUAGCUUGUGGGAGUUCUCCAAGGAUAUUGUUCCAAGAAUGCAGAAUUGUCAUCAAUGGGUUUGAUUAUCUGGAUAAUGUUCAGCCUUCAAUUGGGAAAAUAUCUUUGUGUCACAACACCAUCACCCAGCCAGAAGAAGACAACGAGUUCUUGGAUGGACUCAUCCAGAAGAUGGCAGACUCAGGUCUAAACGAUUCCUUGCAUAAUGUCUCGAUUAAGACUCGGAAUCCAAUAAGAAGAGGUAAGAGAAUUCUGCCAAAGAAGGAGUACAAAAUUGGAAACUUUGAUGUCAGAAUUUGCUAAGCAAACUUUUAUGGUAAUUUCAAC